UCGUUCGCCCUCAUGUUCUGUUCCCCGACUCCUCCGCCAGUCCUCCAUUUUCAGCCAGGUUGAGCUGCUUCUGCUUCGGUCCAAAACCCUACUUGAAUCACCUGAAAUCUCAGCAUUUUACUAUCAGAUUGACCUUCUUCAAGCCAGAGCUCUGUCUCAGUUAUGACGUCAAUCAACUUCAACCCCUUUGAAAAUUGGUUUUCGAGACGUCCUAAUCCCAUUCCUCCUCUCAAUCUCUUUGCAUUUAGAGACUCGUUGUCUCAGAAAUCCUCUACGUCCCCAAAUUUUGCUUCAAUAAGUCUCUCAAAUAUCUUCAAGAGGCCGCGAAAACCAAAGAAAGCAACCGAUGAACCAGGGUAUUACGGCAAAAUGCUAGAACAAUUCUACUGGGAAUGCGAUAAUUUACCCGACUACAGACACACUCCCGAGGUUGAGAAAAUCCUCAGCGAAGAUCCUGUUUUCGAGAACAAAGAGACUCCUACGCAAGAGGAGCUCGAAAAGAACGAGAAACUCUGGAAAGCGAUGCGAGAUAGCCCUGUUGUGCAAUUUCUGGAACGUGCGGAGGAAAUUGCAGCCAAAUACAAUGAAUUGGAGCUCAAAGCAAACGAGAAUCCAUACAGAAACGAGGACAAGAAGCUGUGGAGGGCAAUUCCUCAUGUGCCUGGUCUUGAUGGGCGGCCUAUGCCGAGGAAAGCGAUAAAGACAGAUAGAGAAUCCGAUGACAAGUUUUGGGAUUUUGCCAGACAGUUCUUUUUUGGGCUCUGGGGCUUCCAGCAAAGACCUUAUCCGCCUGGUCGCCCGAUCGAUGUUGCUCAGGCCAUUGGGUAUAAGCGCCUCGAGAAGCGGUACUAUGAUUUUAUAAUGAAGAGUGGAGGUUGGUACUAUAAGGAUCGGUUAGGUCGUACUCGGGGACCAUUGGAACUAAUUACCCUGAAAACAGCCUGGGGUGGUGGGAUUAUUGACAAGGAUACAUUUAUCUGGGGGGAGGACAUGGACGAAUGGGCGCCAAUUCACAUGGUUUACGGAUUGGAGCGUGCAAUUGCCACUUGGGAAGUUAGACUUGGUGCUGCUGCCACUGCUUUUCUUCACAAAUUGCAGAAAGGCAUACCUCCAUGGGUUCCUCUCAAGGGACGUGAGAAGAAAACCUACAAGCAACUGCAACAAGAGGCUUUAGAGAGCAAGAGACGAGAUCUAGCAGUAUUAGCAGCUAAUGACGGUGUUUGGCCAGGCGUUAGAAUUCCUAGCCAUGCACUUUUUCUCUGGGCAAGUGGACCGGAGCUGACAUCCCUUUUGGAGGAAGAUCACAUGCCAAACAAGUACAUCCCGAGGGAUCUAAGGUAUCAAUUAGCGGAAGUUAUACCCGGGUUAAGACCAUGGGAGGUUUUAAGCGUGGAGCAAGCGAUGGACCAGAUAACAUAUAAUGGCGAAUGGCAUCGUGAAGCUCUUGGAUCAUACUCAACAGGUCCUCCAUACAUCAGGGAAUGGAAUAAAAAUUUCAAGCACUUGGUAAACUCGUACAUAAAGAUCAGCGCUAGUGUUUGCAAUAGAUUGGAGCGGUCGAUUCCUGGUUUCGAUAAAGUAAUGGAGAAGAUUGAGGCUGAUAGGAAUGCCAGAUACCGUAGGCGGAGGGAGAGGAGUAAGGCGAGGAGGAGAGCUGAAUUAAAGAGAAAAAUCUUCGUCAAACUCAGAAACGAUCCAUAAAUUACCAUACUUUAAUGGGAUUGAGGAGUGAUUUCCAAAAAAUCUAAUUCUCGUGCAAACUUGAUUGUAAGCUCAGAUCCUUACCGUCCAAAGAACACCAAUUGGUCUUGUUUGUGACAUUUUUGGGUUCCUUUUGUAACAUUUAAGCAGUAUUUUCAAGGAUAAAUGUAAAGUAAAUCUUGAGUAGUUCCACAUAAA